GCGUCGGUCACGUAGAGGCUGGCUUUUCUACCAAUUGCUUGACAAGAUCGUAAUUAUUUGUCAGUGUUGAUUGGUCAUAGGUUCGCGGAUUACGUUCAAUUAGUGCGACGAUCGCCGUGGAAAUCGCUCGUGCGAGAAAUAUCGGUAGGUACGAGACAAUUCCUCGAUUGUUAGGCUCUCGUUUCUAACCUCAUUUCGCCGAGUUUCUACUACGCCACUUCAAUUUCGAAUAGUACGUCCGCAGCUAAUUUGCUAAAGGACUAAAAAAAUACUCGAUGAGAAUGCGAACGAAAGUGUGUUAUCUCGUAAGAAUACUUAGGUGUUUGUUGCUGGAAGCUGAUCCAAUGAGCUAUUGAGAAUGGCUGACGCGCCGUCAGUCGCGGAAAAUACAGAAGAGUCGGGGAAACAGGAUGAUCCUACGAAAAAUUAUGAAUUUGAUGGGAAAACAUAUAUUUAUACUGACAAGGAGACGAACAUUACCUACAGGUUUGAGAACAACCAGUGGGUUGUGAAAGAAGAUAGUAAAAACUCUGACAAUAAGGAAAGCUCUAGCGAGAUGGAAAAGAAGGAAGGUUCUGGUCCCGUAGUUGGUACAGAUGAUAAUUUUGGUUUCGAGAAUGAUACACAUACGUACACAGACCCAAACGAUGGCAGCGUGUACUUCUGGGACAAAGAAAAAAAUGCCUGGUUUCCGAAAGUCGACGAAGACUUCAUGGCCAAGUACCAGAUGAAUUAUGGUUUUACGGAUACUAAUACACUACCAGAGUCAAAGCCACCAGAACCGAAGGAGCCUCCGCCCCUGCAGAAAACUAAAGAUGACAAGGAGCAGAGGAAAAUGGAGGCUAAACGGAAAGCUCAGGAACCACCGACCUGGUUUGAAAUCGACGAGGCGCAUAACACCGCUAUCUACGUAUCUGGCCUACCCUUGGACAUUACCAUGGAGGAGCUCACGCAACUCUUCACCAAGUGCGGCCUUAUAGCAAGGGAUGAAAAAGGGAAGGACAAAAUCAAACUGUACAAAGACGGCAACGGAGAACCGAAAGGAGAUGCUCUCUGCACUUACAUCAAGGUUGAGUCGGUGGAUCUGGCGCUGAAAAUUUUAGAUGGCUCGCAAAUCCGGGGAAAAACGCUGUCGGUUCAGAGGGCAAAGUUCCAGAUGAAGGGCGCGUAUGAUCCAGCGUUAAAACCGAAGCGGAAAAAAAAGGACAAGGAACGACAGAAGAAGAUGCAAGAAAAAUUAUUUGACUGGCGACCGGAGCGCAUGCGGGGCGAACCGCUGAAAUGCGAAAGGGUCGUUAUUAUAAAGAAUCUUUUCACACCGGAGGAUUUCGACAGGGAAGUCCAGCUGCUCUUGGAAUACCAGCACGAUAUUCGAUCCGAGUGCCUGAAAUGUGGCGAUGUCAGAAAAGUUGUCAUCUAUGACAGACAUCCUGAAGGAGUAGCGCAAGUCACAUUCCGAGAACCGGCAGAGGCGCAAGCUUGCGUACAGCUUCUAAACGGCCGUUGGUUCAGCCAGAGAAAGAUCUCGGCAGAGAUCUGGGACGGCAAGACGAAGUACAAAAUUACAGAGACUGACGCGGAGAUCGAAGCGCGGCUGAACAAAUGGGAUAAAUACUUGGAGCAGGAAGAUGAGGAAAAGGAAAAGAAGAAGCAAGGGACAAACAGCAGCAACGAGCAAGAACAAAAAGCGGCACAAUAAGAAUGCAUCGUAUUGGUCCGGUAGAAUUAAAAUUAUAUUUUAAAGAGUCUAUUUUCUUCAUUUCUCCAGAUGUCCUCAUCGUCGUAUUGCAUUUGAAUGUUAAUCGCGAAACUUUCCUUUUGGACGUUUUAAUAAGAAUCCGAAUGAUUAAUCGAUCCUAUCAUGACGGUUGAGAUUAUAAGUGAUUCGCAAUUUUCACAAUUGAAUCGGCGCUACUGUUGUAAUAGUGAUACGUUGUUAGUUGUUGCAACAAUAAAGCUGUCUCUCCGGG